AUGUUGAUGAAUGAUACUGGAUUAGUUACAGAUAUUCAUGCGAUCCAGGUAGCAACGCAUCUACCUGAAGAAUUAAGCACAGUAAUAAAUGAUACAAGAAGAAUUAUCAAUGGCGAUGAAGUAACGGAUGGUAGACCUUACAUGGUCUAUCUCAAACUACCGCGCAAUAACAAUAAGAAACCGAACUAUCGCUCCUGGUUAUGUGGAGGAGUCAUCCUCCAUGAGGAGUACAUACUGACGUCGGCAGCUUGUAUUGAAGACGUUGAACAUUUUUACGUAGUUUCUGGGACUUACAAGUAUGCCGAUGAAGAUGAUCGAUACAACAACCCGUGUAUCAAAAACGGUGCAAAAAAAGCUAUUUGGAAAUGUAUUCCUAAGAAUUACGUAUUCGAUGGUCAUGAAAACGACAACAUAAGAUGGAUGAACAACGACAUAGCGAUCGUUAAAGUGGAGGAUGAAUUCGAUUUCAACAGGAGGAUCAAAGGAUGUGACUUUGUGCCUAAGCCCAUUUGCUACAAUAACCAGAGCUUGACAAUGGAGAACCCUGGAACUGUUGCCAGUAUAGCUGGCUGGGGUACUACGUCUCGAUACAAUGAUUGGGUCAGUAGAAGAAAGGAAAACCAACAGAGCCUUCUAGAGUCCCAAGUGGAGAUCAUCCCCAAGAACAGGUGCAAGCGACGCUGGGGCUCCAGAUACCAUAACAUUAUUGACAACUACAUGAUCUGCACCAAGGAUAUCGGGCAAACCAUGUCUGAGAUUUGUAAUGAAAAAUACGUCGAUUGUCAAGACAUAAGCUAUUCUGACGAGGAAGACGCAAGGAGAGACGGCAAAGUGCUCCGAAGUGAGUUAAUACCGACCAACCUGACGAUUCAUUCUGCACAUAACGACACGAGGCGAUACGCCUCGGCCGCUGAGGGAGGAUUUUGUGAGAAUGAUCACGGCGGUCCUCUGGUGUACGGCAGCGGGGUUAACAGCGUCGUCAUCGGCGUUAUCUCGGCCUGUCUCGUCAAGGAGAGGAGCAAUAAGUGCUACGGACCGUUCCUCUACACCAGCGUCUAUAAGAACAGGCAGUUCAUUUCUUGCGCCAUUUAUAAGGACGUUGAACCAAAAUGUAGGCGACAAUUCAGGUCUGGAAUAACUCACACUGAGACUAUUGUCUCGUGGAAGAAUCAUGUUGAUGGACCAGCUAAGAACGAGCAAUCAAUAAUCCAGCGUGCUAAAGAAGACUCUGUAGAAACUAAAAGAGAUAAAGUUUAUUCUGACAGAGGGUCUAUCGUUAGACCUGAUACGAGAGCUGCAAAUAAUGUUAAUGGUACAAGUAAACCUAAAUAGGUCAUUAACGUUGUUCCUAAUAAAGCAG